ACGGGAAAUGUAGUUCGUAAUAAUCACAGAGUUACUGAGUAUCUGCUCUGCAGCCACUCAGCAAACUACAGGUUCCAGACAUAGUCAAACGCUGUGUUUUUUUUUUACAUGCGUCCCCCGCCUUACGGAUGUGAGAGUGAGAGGCUUGGGGAAGAAUUGGUGCUUUAGAGGAAUCGUAGUUUGAUACCCUGCGUGAGCACAUUUUUAAAUUGGCAGAAGAUUUCCAAAAUUGGAAAUGACCACCUCCACGGAGACAUCAGAGAGAAUAUUACUGGAACCGUAUAAGUAUUUACUUCAGCUUCCAGGUAAGCAAAUUAGAACAAAGUUGUCUCAAGCCUUUAACCAUUGGCUUAACGUGCCAGAAGAUAAAACACAGGUAAUAAUUGAAGUGACCGAAAUGCUUCACAAUGCCAGUCUACUUAUUGAUGACAUUGAAGACAACUCCAAACUUCGCAGAGGUUUUCCUGUUGCCCAUAGCAUUUAUGGGGUUCCAUCUGUUAUAAAUUCUGCAAAUUAUGUAUAUUUUUUAGGAUUGGAGAAAGUUUUAACACUUAAUCAUCCAGAUGCUGUCAAUGUUUUCACCCAGCAGUUACUUGAACUGCACCGUGGACAAGGAUUAGACAUAUACUGGAGAGAUACAUAUACUUGUCCUACUGAAACUGAAUAUAAGAGCAUGGUUUUGCAGAAAACUGGAGGUUUGUUUGGACUAGCUGUAGGCCUAAUGCAGCUGUUUUCAUAUUCUAAAAAAGAUCUGAAACCUCUGCUAAACACUCUUGGACUUUUCUUUCAAAUCAGAGAUGAUUAUGCCAAUUUAAAUUCUAAAGAGUAUAGUGAGAACAAAAGCUUCUGUGAAGACUUGACAGAAGGAAAGUUUUCAUUUCCAACAAUACAUGCAAUUUGGUCAAGGCCUGAAAGUACUCAGGUACAAAAUAUACUGCGGCAGAGGACAGAGAAUGUAGACAUCAAGAAAUACUGUGUGCAUUAUCUAGACAAGGUUGGCUCCUUUGAAUACACAAGACAAACUUUAAGAGAGUUAGAAAAGGAGGCAUACGGACAAAUUGAAUUACUAGGAGGAAAUCCUGAGUUGGUUUCAAUAAUUGAACAGCUGAGCCAAACGUACAAAAACCCAUCAUAGCCUUGCCAAUUGCUGAGUGUGACAAAAGUGUAUCUUAUUACAAAGAUUUGUUUAUCGUUCAAAUAUUAAAUCCAACAACAAAAAUAUGUGAAUGUUUUUUUUUCUAUAUUAAAAGUGGACUGUAAACUCA